AUGAUUAAUGAUACAGAUAAUAUAAGAAGAAAGAGAGAUAGAGAAGAGAUGAACCAAUUGGUUGUAGGAUGUGUAGGUAAACCUAGUGCAGGUAAAAGUUCAUUCUUGAAUGCAGCAACUGAUUCAAAUGCUAAAGUUGGUAAUUAUCCAUUCACAACGAUUGAACCAAAUUAUGGUGUAACAUAUUAUCCAUCGGUAUGUCCUUGUGCAAAGUAUGACAAGAUAGAUCAAUGUGCACCUAGAUAUGGUCGAUGUGACAAGGGAGUACGUUAUCUCCCAGUAAAGAUGUUGGAUGUUGCUGGGUUGGUACCUGGUGCCUCUGAAGGCAAGGGAUUGGGUAAUCAAUUCCUCGAUGAUUUGAGACAUGCCGAUGUACUAUUACACGUUGUCGACGUAUCCGGUACAACCAACGAAAAAGGAGAGGAAACAACAGGUUACGACCCAAUCAACGAUAUUCAAUGGUUAAAAGAUGAAAUCCAUAAUUGGAUUUAUAAUAAUCUUUGGAAGAGAUGGGGAAAUAUUACAAGAAAACAAAAAGCUACAAAAUCAUUGGCAGAAAUAAUAUUACAUAAGAAAUUAAGUGGUUAUGGAACAAAGUUGGUAGUUGUAAAGACAACAUUGGAUUCAAUGCAAGUACAUGAACCUAUCGAUCUAUCGUCGUGGGAUGCGGAUGCAGUGCACAGGUUUGUCGAUGCAUUCCUCGAUGUUAGAUUCCCAAUCAUUCUAGUUUUAAACAAGGUCGAUAUGUCAUCAUCUGACCAAAACAUCACAAAGAUUUGUAGCAAGUAUCCAGACAUGAAGAUGAUACCUACAAGUGCACUCGCUGAAAUCUUUCUAAGGAAAAUGAAAUCACAAAAUUAUAUAAAUUAUAAAGAAGGUGAUGAUAAUUUUGAUACAAAUGAAACAUUAUCAACAUUAAAAAAAUGUGAUGAGAAAUUAUUUUCAAGAUUAGAGAAAUUAAGAGAUUUGGUAUUGUUUAGAUAUGGGUCUACAGGUGUUCAAGAGACUAUUAAAGCAGCGGUUGAACUCAAAGAAUAUAUACCUGUUUAUCCAGUAAAGAAUCUAAAGAGUCUUUCAUGUGACAAGGCCGGUGGUAGUAUAUUAAGGGAUUGUAUGCUUGUGCCAAAAGGUACAAAGGUUCGUGAAUUUGCUGGCAUGUUACAUCCAGAUUUAGAAAAAUUUUACCUUUAUGCUGAAGGUAUGAAUGGUCAAAGACUUGGUGAAGAAGAAGAAAUUACAAAUCUAAAUAAUAUUAUUAAAUAUACAACUGCUGCUGUUGAAGGUCAACAUGAUAGAAUAAAAGAAUAG